CGACACCAGAGAUACCGGACACCGGGAGACGACAGCGCAGCGAGAGACGGUGAACUACAAAAAAAAAAAAAAACAUGAGGCCGUCACUAUGUCAAAGAAAUGGAGUAACAUUUAAACUUAAAAAGAAAUCUUGAAGAUCUUUGUGGGUGGAGCUCUUUGGCAGGUAUCUUUUCUUCCACCUGGGAUCCGCUGACAGGGCGACCAGCUCUAGAAAAUGAAAUCUCACGAGGGAGAACUGGAGAGAGAGAUCUCUAAGGUUCAGGGCAUGGUGUGUGAGCUGCGGGCAGGGUUUUCUCGUGCGCUGCUGGAGCUGAAUCAGAUUCAGCAGGGAGACACUGAGCUGCAGAGCCAGCUGGAGGACACAAGGCAUGGCUGCAACAAGCGCGCCCUUCACCUUGAGAGUCUGGUGCUUUCCCUCAAGGAGGAGCUGGAGGAGGUACGCUGUCAGUUUCGUCAACUCUGUGAGACACAAGACAGGAAACCACCGGAGAAUCCAGGAAUAGAGAAUAAUGGAGUGGAUGACAGUAGCGGACAGAGUAAUGGUGCAGCAGAGGCUCCUCCCCUUUCACCUGUGGGCGGAGAUUUCCUCAUACACUGUUACCUGCAGGGAUUACAGGUGUGGCAAUGGGCCAGACAGAAUACAGGUGCGGAUUCUCUUUCCUGCCACGUGACACACAGCUGCCUGCGGCGGGGCAGGAGGCGGGGUGUGGUGGAGAUGCUGCUCCGGUCUGAACGCGAUUACGUGUCUAGUUUGAACCAGCUCUAUGAGAAAUACAAGUCUGCUGAGCAAAAUGUGGCGUUUGUAAAGCACAUCGAUCAGAUGCUACAGCGCCACCUGCUGUUCCGCAACACCCUAGAAGAACGACUGACCACGGAUGAGAGAAGCUGUGCUGCCGGGGAUGCUUUUCUUAACCUCACUGGACAGAACGAUAAGUCUUUCUCUGAUGCAUAUCUUGGAUACGUUGCCGGUCUGGGAACUGUCCUGAGAAGAGAGAUCAGGGCAACUUCACCCCACAGCAAUCCACAAAAUGCAGAGGAGGAGAAAGAGAGCUUCAGAUUGCUCUCGCUACUGUUCGCUCCUGUUUCCCGCAUCCACACAUACCUGAACAUCAUACAGGCCUUGUUACGCAGCUCUGGCGCUGGGCAUGCAGACUGGUGUUCACUACAGGAGAGCGAGCGGGCGCUGUGGGGCCUCUGCACAAGCUGUCACAUGACACUGGCGAAGGCGGGGCCAUGCGAAGAGGGGGUGGGGCCUGAACAAGGUUUGAGAAGCAGGUGCUGCGCCGAGAGCCCCGACUGUGGCCCUUCCGCUUUUACCAAGUACUGUGCCAGCACUAAUGCGGAUACAGCCAGCGUCGCAGCAGGCGCAGGCAUAGACAGCACUGUACACCAGAGGAAAUGCUGUCGUGUUGGCAUUUCACGGACGCUGCCUCGGCCCAGUGGCAUUUUAAGAAAUGGCCGAGAGCAUAUGUGUGAUGUGCCCCCUGGUGGCUGGACAGCAGAGUACAUGUGGAAUGGCAGCGCAGGGCAGAGCCACACGGGUCCCAUCUGCGUCCCCUUCCCUCGUCAUCCUAGAGAAGCCGGGCUCUUUCUGAACCGCGUGCCACCUGUAGGUGUCGGGGGAAACCUCAGCACUGCUGCCAAGAGUCAGAGCUCCUCGGCUGGUCUGGCCGUGCGCGUGUGUGGCUCCCCGGGGCUCAACGGACGGGUGUACGCCUCUGAGCUCUACCCUCCGCCGCAUCGUCUCGAUGACGGGGACACAGACUGCGACGUGGCCGACGCAUCCGUUUUUGACUUCUCUUCGGUAACGACCUGCAGCCCGGAUGAAACUCUGAAUCGGCUCCGGGGAGCGGAAGCGCGAGAUGAUGAGGAUGAUGAUGAAGAGGACAGCGAGGUUCCAGUUCUCCUCAAACCCUCGUACACUCACAACGCUUCAGCCGCGCAGGCAGGGGGAGCAUUGUGCAUGCAGUGGCAGAUUCCCAGGCGGGCUCCUAUUCCUGCCGAGGUUCGCAUUGGAGCGCAAGGAAAGACACGUGCCCCGAAACCACACAGAAUCCCCGCCAGUGCCUUCCGGCCGAUUUGGGACCCGGCUUACUCACAGGGCGAUGCGACUCCUGCAAAAGAGAACUCUGUGUCUUUCAGUGCAACCAAUCAGAUCAUUAAUCAGCAGCAAGAGACCGACCAAUCACGAUCUGCAUACAGAGGGACUGGAGUCCAGCGGGCUGAAGCGGUGUGGCAUGACAGUGAAGACAGCGAAGGGCCCUGCAGUACAGUCUGACACUGAUGCAACUAACCAUACACAGGGAACGCUUCUACUUCAUCCAAUGAAAUAGUUGGAAACUUUUUUUUAAAAAAUCUGAAAUUACAAAUGACGACUACUACUCACUGUGAACUGACAUGAAGCCAUGACCAGCGCUAAAUUCAACAUCUUAAGCAUGAUGUGAUUUGUCAGAGAGAAAUUUUGAUGUAAUAGAAUGCACAUAAACUGAGGAAUAAAAACUUUCAGUAGAAAAUAA